CGUGCGCGCAACCUCAACUCCAAGCUGCGUUUCAUCAUUUUCUGCGACUUGCCAUUGCGCCCGCCCCACGCCAAAAUUGACUUGUAGCUGCACAUCUCCGCCGUCUUCUUCACACCCCACAGCAAUGGCGCCCACCACAGACCCGGCCGUCAACGAGCUCAAGAGCACGGUCCACAAGCUCGAGCAGCGCAUUGCCGAGCUCGAGGGCAGGUUAUCGGGUCAUGGCGGGGGUUCGUCGUCGGCACAGGAGAGCGUCAGGAUGAUUCUGAUGGGGCCACCGGGAGCUGGCAAGGGCACACAAGCACCACGCAUCAAGGAAAAGUUCUGCGCGUGCCAUCUUGCCACGGGAGACAUGCUGCGCGCGCAAGUCGCAGCGAAGACGCCGCUCGGCCGGGAAGCCAAGAAGAUCAUGGACGCCGGAGGUCUUGUCAGCGACGAGAUCAUGGUCAACAUGAUCAAGACCGAGCUCGAGAACAACCAGGAGUGCGCAAAGGGCUUCAUCCUCGACGGCUUCCCACGAACAGUCACCCAGGCCGAGAAGCUCGACGGCAUGCUCGAAGCCACCCAGAAGCCCCUCCAGCACGCAGUUGAGCUCCAGAUCGACGACCAGCUCCUCGUCUCGCGUAUUACCGGUCGUCUGGUCCACCCCGCAUCCGGCCGCUCAUACCACAAGAUUUUCAACCCACCCAAGGCCCCCAUGACCGACGACGCGACUGGCGAGCCAUUGAUCCAGCGGUCCGACGACAACGAGGAGACCCUGAAGAAGCGUCUCUCGACAUACCACGCCCAGACCAGCCCUGUUGUCGCAUACUACCAGAAGACAGGCAUCUGGAAGCCUGUCGAUGCCAGCCAAGAUCCCGGCCAGGUCUGGAAGAGCUUGCUCAAGAUCUUUGACGACAAGGCAUACGUCGCUGGACGGUCAGGCAGCCUCUUGAACAAGAUCGGUCUCAAGAACUAAGCUUUCUUUUGUGACUGGAAGAGACAGAGGCCAUGGUCAUGUUUGGAACGCGCAAAAGUCAUCUUCACGCCUUGGCACGAGGGAACGCAUGUAGGUAUUGGUUCAAUGUAUUUGUACAGAGGCAUUCGGAUCCGGUCGUUGGGGGGGUUUUGCGGGGAUCUCACAUGCGCUUUUCUUGAUGUUCGUGGACUAUACUGUAUAAAUCAGACAAUCAAAGCUUCUGUGGGAAUACAAA